AAAUAAGUAGGGACUAGGGAGUCUAUUUUCAAAAAUAAAUAAACAGGGAGUCCAUCAAAGAAAAAAAUGGAAAAAAAGACUGCCAGCUCUCCCUGUCUCUCUCCAAGGCUGCAACUUUUCAACCUUUCCCUCUGUUUUUCCAUUUUGUUUUGAUUUCAUCGCUUGAGCCCUAGAUCUCAAACUAUUAAGCAUUUUCCCGGGCAUCUUAUAUAUUCUCCCAUACUUGCAUACAUGCAAAUGAUAUAUGUAUGUACGCGCACGUAGUUACACGUCUUCUUGAUCGAGUGUUCAAACGUUUGCCUUUGCGGAUCUCUUGAUGGGCUAAUUGAGCUCAGAAGUUGGCACAACAAAACACUUUUGGCUAGAACCUGAUUGGUACUGAAAACAAAAAUUUUGCAUUUUGAGGCACAGUUUUUGGGGUCUGCUAAUGCUUUAGCUCUAGAUGAAGAUAAAACAGUCAUGGCGCUUGGGCAUGAAAGAUAUGAAGAUAUUUUCUGUGCCUCGUCAGCGCUCCCACUUAAAGAAGCCAACAUGGAUCAUCAUUCUGGUUUCAUUAGUUAGCUUUUUCUUGAUUUGUGCUUAUGUCUACCCUGCAACGAAUUCUGCCACUUGUUUUUUGUUCUCUUCUCGUGGUUGCAAGAAUCGUUAUGACUGGCUUCCCCCUGAUCCUGCUAGAGAAUUAACAGAUCAAGAGAUAGCUUCUCAUGUUGUAAUUAGAGAUAUUUUGGAUGCACCUGCAGCUUCACCAAAAAGUCCAAAAAUUGCGUUUCUUUUUUUGACACCUGGUGCUUUACCAUUCGAGAAGCUCUGGGAUAAAUUCUUUCAGGGACAUGAAGGUAAGUUCACUGUUUAUGUUCAUGCAUCCAAAGAGAGGCCACUUCAUUUUAGCCGUUACUUUGUAGAUCGAGAGAUCCGUAGUGCCAAGGUAUCCUGGGGGAAAAUUUCAAUGGUUGAUGCUGAGAGGCGCCUAUUGGCCAGUGCACUCAAAGAUCCCGACAAUAUGCACUUUGUUUUACUCUCUGAUAGUUGUAUACCAUUACAUGGUUUUGAUUAUGUGUACAACUACCUGAUGGACACAAAUAUCAGUUUUGUAGACAGCUUUGUGGAUCCUGGCCCUCACGGAAAUGGCAGGUAUUCUGAACAUAUGCUACCUGAAAUUGAAAAGAAAGACUUUCGAAAGGGUGCACAGUGGUUCACCAUGAAGCGACGACAUGCUGUUGUUGUCAUGGCUGAUAAUCUAUAUUAUUCAAAGUUCCAUGAUUACUGUAAGCCAAACAUGGAUGGACUUCACUGCUAUUCCGAUGAACACUAUUUGCCAACAUUUUUUCACAUGCAUGAUCCAUCUGGAAUUGCAAAUUGGUCUGUUACCCAUGUUGAUUGGUCCGAAGGGAAGUGGCACCCAAAAUCGUACACCCGCCAGGAUAUUACUUAUGCACUCCUGAGAAACAUUACUUCCAUUACUGAGAGCGUACACGUUACAAGUGAGUCAAAGAAAGAGGUUCAGAUUAGACCAUGCUUAUGGAAUGGAAAUGAACGGCCAUGUUACUUGUUUGCAAGGAAAUUCUUGCCGGAGACUCUUGAUAACUUGUUGAGGCUUUUCCCCAAUUAUACAUCGAGUCUGAGGACUGAUGGCUUGACUGGCUUCAACACCAAUUCUUAGGUCGAUCUAAAUUCGACUCUAUUCAUGGAUCAUAAAGUAGCCCAGCCCAUUGACGGUGUUUUUAUACCGUUACUCCAUUUAUAGUGGCGUUUUUACUGCCACAUAUGAGUUGGGAGUGUUGAAUCUUGUGUCAGGGAAGGUGGAAGAGUUCCUGGCUGCCACACGUUCGCCUCCUCCGACAUUGAUUUUUUGUUUUCGAUUAUUGUUAUUAUAGUAUAGGUGUUGUGUACCAUUGAAGUUCGACCAUGGAGUUGCAAAUAUAUCUCCAACAAGGCAACAACACUAGAUUUGUUUUGAAACUAUAUGUCCAUAUCCAAGGUUACUGACAUGCUGUGAAUGACCUUUGAGUUUUGUAUUGUCAACAAUUUUACUCGUAAUUUCUUUUGUUUGUGCUCAAAGAGACAAAGUAUUACGAAGUGUUACUAUUAAUAAUGACAAAUAUUAGUUACUGUGAGA